GCAAUCCGUUCAUUGCCGGUUUUUCAAUGUGCCAAUACCCAUCGGCUCCGCACUAUGGAACAGCGCGCACUGAAGCUGUCAUUGUUCAGUAGAUCACUGUAAAUCAUCGUUGCUCCGAGACGUAUACAGGGGCUCAGGCGAAAAGGCUCUUGCAACAGCCUGUGGGGGUAGCAUUUUCUGGCGCGAGUUGUAACGAAGCGCUUGGCAGCUUUCCUACCGUAUAGCCCUCUGCUCUCACUUCACCGCCUUUGUCUAACAAAUGGAAAGAGCAUUUGCAACGCCAGGACGACCAUUCCUACAUUCGCAGGCACGGGGAUCCAGCACUUCGCAGCCAUGGGCUUCAUCCAUCGGUUCAUCUGCACAAUCCUCCCACCCCAAUGACCAUCUAGGGAACAGUUCCUUGCCGGUUUCCUCUAACCGCCGAAAAGUCCGUAGGCACUCUCGGCCACAAGUAGAAAGUGUUAGGGAUCCGAAUUCACUGUAUACAUCUCUUCUUCAGCGAGCUGAUAAUGUCAUAAAGACCGCGCAAGGCGAAGAAUACAUUAUCGGAGAAGAUUAUGUAAAUUUUGCGACGAUGCUCAAGGACAGCAAUGUGAAGGAUCUUCUUUUUGAAAACGGACUGGUUGACCAAUACCAAGCAUAUUGCCUCAAUAAAGUGAAAGAGCUACACGAGGUGGAGACGUCUGAUCCGAUUUUUAACGUCACUAAGGAGGCAAUGGAACUGCGAUGGUGGAAAAUGGAGGCAAACACGUGGCAGCUGAUAAAAUUAUUGCUCGAACAGCGAUUUCAAGCUGACGACUUGAUGGAAGAUCUCCCAACCGCCGAUGAGAAUGCCAGUGAUAGCGCUCUAGUUGAAAACUUCAACGAUAGAGCAUUUGGGGAGGUGACGGCCGUUCUGUCAUGGUUGGAGGAAACCACACCGGGCGAGUUUCAUCCUGUGGAGGUCCGACGAGGGUAUUGGAUGCAUACUGUGAAGCACAUCAACGAUACAAGGAGAGCCGGAAGGCGUCCACCAAACGAUGACACGGUGACUGAAGCGGAUCCAGAUGCACCAAUCCGCCAACAUAAGCGAUUGAAGGCAGAAGAUGCGGAUUAUGAGUCGACAUUGCAUCGUACAGCGUUCGAGUACAUUAGACGCGGGCAAAUUGAAGAUGCGAUGGAUCUGUACCAGCAGUGCGACCAGCCUUGGCGAGCUGCCUCUCUACAGGGCGGAUUUCUAUGGAAUGAUCCAGAAAGGGAAGGCGCCGAGAAAAAAUUGGGCAAUCAGAAUCGCGAUCUAUGGAAAGCGGUCUGCUUUCAAAUUGCUUCAAACGAAUCGUUCGAUCCCUAUGAGAGAGCAACUUAUGCGAUUCUUGCAGGCGAUGUGCAAAAUGCUGCUCAAGUGUGCAAGCACUGGGAAGAUCACUUGUGGAUGCAUUACCGUGCUCUCCAAGACGGAAUGGUUGACGAGCGACUUCGAUCUGUCCCUUUGCCAAAUGAGCCGACAGAUAAGGUGCAGAUAGAUGGUCCGAUGGAGCCGCUAGAGCCUAGUGCAAUUUUCGAGCACUUGGAGAAGAGCGACAAUCAACAUUUGAGAAGAGCCGCACAGGAACCAUUUCACGUCGUGCAAAAGAGCAUUAUUUUAAACACUCUGAAUAAGUUCCUUUCACAUUUCCGGUCUCAGCUAAGCAAUCCGAAGGGUGCCGACACCAUAAGUGCGGCACUGUCUCCGCACUUUUUGCGAUUUGUGACACAUUUCAUAAUUCUCCUGCGAGACCUUUCGGAGCCGGUUCCAUCAGAAGAUGCAGAUUUCAUAAUAGAGAAGUACGUGGAAAUGCUCACGGAGGCGCACAAGAAUGACCUCAUUGCCCAGUAUGCAUCAUAUCUUCCUAGUGGAACUCAAGUCGAUCGCUAUGCAUUGUUCUUGCAGAAUGUACUUGAAGAUCCCGAGCCGCUCAAGUACCUUGAAUUGGCAGCAAGCAAUGGCCUCGACUGCCAGCGCGUUGCGCAAGCUGCAUUCCACCGUGCACUGCUGCAGGGCGUUCUCAAAGAACCUGUAGUCACAUCGUCCCCGGCUGACUUAGCCAUUGCAGAGUUAAACGACGGUCCCACUAAAGCGGAAGAGAGACAGAUCAUGGCUCUGGGAUGGCUUCUAUGGGAACCCGCCAUGAAGGAACAUGCGUUGUUUUGCAGCAAUCUGCUCAUUCGAAGGUUUUUAGCACUGGGCCGUAUCAAUUCCGCAAUCCGAGUCCGUGAGUUUCUGCAAAGAUGGUUUGGUACACCCAAGUAUUCCGACCAGCUCGUGCGGAUUGAAUGGCUUUAUGGCACUUUGCCGGGCGGAUCGCCUUACGAUCACCCCACCGAAGUGGAAGAGGCAGCUCGGGAGCAUCUGCAUUACAGUUCAUUUUUUGACGCGAUACAACUGCAUGCCCAGUGGUUGUCGUUGUGGUACUCCAAGCCUCCAUCCCAAAUGCAUGACAUUGAAGGAUACUCAUCGGUGCCGUACCGAAAAUGGAUGCACGAUAUGAAGGCCAUUACAGCUACAGUACAGGAGUCUUUUAGAAACUUUCUGGACUUGGGCUGGUUGGUACCGGAACACGAAGAAGCAAGCGCGUCGGAAGGAGCGAGAACAGAAGAGCUUGAAGUAACAGAAACCGAGGGAGAAGACUGGGAGAAACUUGAAUUGGAACAAACUGUCCGUGAGAGCAACAACGAGCUUCAAUCGGCAGGGUUGAAGACGGGAGACCGGCAACGACUGCGAGAACUUGCGAGCUUAGGAGAUAUUUAUAUUCCUCUCAUAGUGAACUACUACUAUCAAGUGCUUUCGGAAACGAGGAAGUUGAUUCCAGCCAAUCUGCAAGAGACCAUGAAGUUAGUGUGGCAGGUGGAGGAUCAAACUUCCGAUCUGCAUGAGCAUUUCAAAAGGGCGUGCAAGCUGGAGGCUUUCCUUGAGAAGGUUCGUCAAUCGGGCAUUCGAUAUGAGUAGAUAGUUAUUGUAGCAAGAAAAGAGAAGGAAUAUGGCAUGGGUAACCCCACGCAUAAAACAUCAUGAAUACACCUGCGUUUGGUGUUCAAAUGCAUUGUCAGAUCAUGGUUUUUUCUGUAGUACAGACCGAUAUGAAUGCAAUAUAAUAUAAAAAAACCGUGAGGUACACCUA